AUGGCGCUCGACGACUACCACCGGAAUCAGGACAAUGAUGUUCGCCUGGUCGAUUUCCUGGACGACAAAUUACAGGCCUUUGCCGACCUGGACACGCUAGAUUCUUUACUGGACAGCGUCAAAGCACAACAGGACUUGCUUAAGCAGCAGCUUCAUGAUGCCCGUAACGACCACAACAUCGCCCAGCAAGCCUCAGACCAGCAUGCCACCGAGAUCAAACAAAAAGGCGCCGCCUUCCAACGAGACCAACAAGACCUCGACCGCCGUCUUCAGGUUGUCACACAAUCAGAGACCAGUGACGAUGCCUUGCAAAAAUUUGAAUCGAGUAUGGAACGUCUGAGGAAGCUGGACAUGGCCUCAGGUUACGCUGAGAUGCUACAAGAGGUGGACACGUUGCGACAAGAGUGUAGCGAACAGCUGGGCAAAUCCGACAAGGCUGCUUUGACAGCAUACAAGAAAUUGUCAGCCCUCGCUACCGGUCUACAACCUUUGUCAGAGGCAGCAGAGGGUGCUGCUCCUCAUCUCAUCGUCCACGUCUUGAGGACUGCCCACAGUGCACGCACUCAGAUUGAACAGGCAUUUGCGGCCGACUUUGAAAAGACCUUGACCAAGAUGGGCUGGCCAAAGCAGGGCAUCUCAGUACCCCCGGGUUUGCAGGCAGAAUGGAACAUUCACAUCGAGAAGCUCAUCGACCUUCAAAAGUCCGAGCUGAUCGCUGCAGAUGUAGCAAACAGUGAAAAGACGUCGAAGGACGAACCUGCUGUCUUGCUCCCUCUUGAAAUCAUGGUGCGAUCGCUCGAGCUUCGUUUCAACUACCAUUUCUCUGGGGAUCGUCCGACCAACCGUCUGGACAAGCCCGAGUACUUCUUGAACCAUGUUCUUGAUCUCAUCAACAGCUAUUGCGCAUUCUUCCAGGCAAACUUGCAAUCACAGCUUUUGGCUAACUUCCGAGGCUCUGAUCUUGCAUUAAUCCCUGCCUACAUCGAUGCGACGUCGGCUCUCAUCACUGCUUUGAUCCCUAUGUUGCAGAAGAAACUGCAAUCGAUCCUUCCUCAAGUCUCAGAGCAGCCUCAGCUUUUCAGCAAUUUGAUGCAUGAAGUCAUGACGUUUGAUGCUACCAUACAAGAGGAGUGGAAUUAUACACCGCUUUCUCCUGCCACCAUCUGGCGUGGUCUGGCGCAUUACAUCCUCGAGAAGCAGUCCUACUUCACAAAAUGGUUGACUGUAGAGAAGGACUUUGCUUUAGUCCGCUAUCAAGACAUCAUCUCUGAUCGCUCGACUGGAGAGAUUGAUUACGACUCAGUAUCUACGGACAGCACUAAGCCCACCAAAGCGGCCGUCCGUGUGAAUGAUCUUCUCGAGACCAUCACAGAGCGCUACAAAGCUUUGUCGUCGUUCAGUCAAAAGUUCCGAUUCUUGACCGAUAUUCAGAUUGAGAUCUUCGAUCGGUUCCGCGGCCGGAUAUAUGACAGUCUGCAAAUCUUUUUGACAAACACCACUGCUGUUGGACGUGCCGUUCACGGUGUUUCCCGAGAAGAGCAAGCUGAGCUUGCCGGAGUCAACGGCAUGAAUCACCUCUGUCGUAUCUUUGGCUCUGCAGAGUACCUUGAAAAGGCUAUGCGCGAUUGGAGUGACGAUGUCUUCUUCCUUGAAAUUUGGGAGGAGUUGCAGUACCGAGCANCUCAAAAGAUCGACAUCAAGGGCGACCUAAACAUGGCUGAGAUCGCAGCAAAGACAAACGCUGCCAUCAACGACGCAGGAGAGAAUCAAGAACUCGAGGGCGCCCUGUUUGAACAGAUGGCAGCCGCCUAUCGCAGACUGCGUGUUCGCAGCGAGGAAGUCAUCUGUGAUACCCUGAUCUACCACACUCGCGACGUUCUGAGACCGUAUGCUCGUAUCAACCCUUGGGCAUCUCUCUCGGCUGCAGGUAGUGGGGAUGAGACCAGCUUGACUGCCGAGCUUGAUCCUCCUCUUACUCUUUUGGACACGCAUCUUGCUUUCUUGUCUCGCGCAUUGUCUAAGCCUGCAUUGCGUCGUAUUUGUCGCGUUGUCGGUCACAGUCUCCAGAUCACGCUCUGGGAUAGUGUGCUGCUCCGACACUCCUUCUCAACUGCUGGCGCAUCACAGUUCAUGUCUGACUUCAGAGGUAUUUGCAGCGUGUUCGAUCGCUACCUCGGUGCCGGCACUGGACGAAACGUCAUGCAGCGUCUUGACAAUGGCUUGACACUUCUCGAUUUACCCGUGAGAGGAGAAAUCCCUGUCGAAGUCGAUGCAGAAGGCUCUGAUGAGGCAGUUUCGGAAAAGAAGUGGGGACUCUUUGAAGUCGAGAGAAGGGUAUUCAUGGAUAACGAGGCUGCUCGAGAUGUGUUAGAAGAGAUGGGCUUGGAGGUCUUGACUGAGAGCGACGCUCGCGCUGUCCUUGGAAAGCGAGUGGAACUUAGCAGUUAA